AUGGAGUACAAUGAUCAGCCCCCAUUCCUCUCCAAAGGCUCGAAGGUCGAGGUCUGGUCCGAAGAAGAAGGCUUCACCAACGCCUUGUUCUCCGCCGAAAUCCUCCGCCCUCCGCCGACUCCGCCGCCGUACAGCCCCACGGGCAGGAAGCGGAAGAAGACGACGGCCGUGGUGAAGUACGACCGCAUGGUCUCCGCCGAAGACGGCGAACCUCUCGUCGAGACUGUCGAGACCCGCUUCCUCAGACCCAUUCCUCCUCCCGACAUCCCCGACCGGCCGUUCGAGCUCAACGAGGUUGUCGACGCUUUCCAUCGGGACAUCUGGUGGAUUGGGUUCGUCGUCAAGGUCGUGAACGACAGGUACACCGUUGCGUUUAAGAGGCCGCUUGAUUUGCUCGAGUUUGGGCGCGCUGAUAUGAGGCCUCACUGGGACUGGGUCGGCUCCAAAUGGGUUCGACCCGAGAAGGAGGAUACAACGGCAUUGAUCUACACUCCGGGUAUAGAAGUAGAAGUAAAUCGUCACGAUGAAGUUCCCUGCCGUGCUUGGUUGCCAGCAACUGUUGUUGGGCAAGUUGGGUAUACUUCUUUCUUGGUGAGGUACAAGAGCUCACAUAGUGAUGGAGAGGAAGGUCCUCAACAAGAAACUGUAAAUUGUGAUCAGAUUCGACCCCAUCCUCCAGAAAUGGAGGGUAAUAACUUUUAUUUGCUGGAAAAGGUGGAUGUUUUUCAUGGUUCAUGUUGGUGGGUGGGUCUCGUCACUAAAUUACUUGAAGGGAAGAAGUACAUUGUCACUUUAAGGCAUAAGAAGGAGAUGGAAUUUAGUAACUCAGAACUCAGGCCUCACUUGGAAUGGAUUGAUGGACAAUGGGUCACUAAAUCAAAGGGAGUCACAUUCACUUCUGAUAGCCAAGAACAGACUGAGUGUGCUCUCCAUGAAAAUUCUUGUUCUACAGUGGACAACACUGGAAAAGAAGGACCUUAUUUGGGUGACAAAGAAGACCAUCAAAAGGAGCUGAGUACUUGUGUUUGA